UAAUGUUUUCCGUUGUCAAUUGCAAAUUCCCCUACCCCAAGUGUUGUUGAAGAAGGUAUGGAAGGUUCAAUCAAGUGUUCCGCCAACUACGUCCCUUUAACUCCGAUCAGCUUCUUGGACCGCGCCGCUCUUGUCUACCCAGACUCCGUCUCCGUCGCCCACGGCGAUGUCAAGUUUACCUGGAAACAAACUCGUCAGAGGUGCGUCCGCCUCGCUUCUGCGCUUUCCCAACUCGGAAUCUUCCGUCGAGAUGUGGUUGCUGUAUUAGCCCCAAAUGUUCCAGCAAUGUACGAGCUUCAUUUUGGUGUUCCAAUGGCUGGGGCAGUUCUAUGUACGCUCAAUAUACGUCAUGAUUCCCCUAUGGUGGCAUUGUUAUUGAAGCAUUCAGAAGCCAAAGCCCUUUUUGUAGAUUACCAAUUCCUCCACGUUGCUCAGGGAGCUUUGAAAAUACUAUCCGAGACAAUAGGUAAGCUGCCCCGACUGGUCUUGAUUUUGGAUCAUGACCAGCAAAUUCCCUCCGGCGGCAACACCAACUCGACAUAUGUGAACAUGGACUAUGACAGUCUUUUAGGAAUGGGGAAACUAGAUUUUGAGAUCAUAAGACCGGAAGACGAGUGGGAACCUAUCUCACUUAAUUAUACUUCAGGCACAACAUCGAGUCCGAAGGGUGUUAUUUUUAGUCACCGAGGUGCCUAUCUCAAUUCUCUAGCGGCGGUUCUUCUCAAUGAGAUGACCUCGAUGCCGGUAUAUUUAUGGUGUGUUCCCAUGUUUCAUUGCAAUGGAUGGUGUCUGACAUGGGGAAUUGCUGCUCAGGGUGGUACGAAUGUAUGCUUAACAAAUGUCGCUGCAGGCGGAAUAUUUCGUAAUAUUUCUAAGCACAGGGUGACACACAUGGGUGGUGCACCUACGGUUUUGAACAUGAUAAUCAACGCACCAGCUAGCGACCAAAGCCGUCUUCCGGGGAAGGUCAUGGUCAUGACGGGAGCUGCACCGCCACCCCCUCAUGUGCUUUUCAAAAUGGAAGAACUGGGAUUUAGGGUGAUUCACUCGUAUGGCCUGACCGAAACCUACGGUCCAGGAACCGUUUGCACUUGGAAACCAGAAUGGGAUUCUCUGCCUAGACACGAACAGGCUAAGAUCAAGUCUAGGCAGGGGUUGAAUCAUCUCGGUCUUGAGGAAAUCGAUGUUAAAGAUCCCGUUACCAUGAAAAGUAUGCCACUGGAUGCGAAAAGUGUCGAUAGAAAUGUUUGA